AUAUAAAAGAAGCCACACACGAAUGAGAGAAAUAUGAAAAAGAAAGAGGAUGGAAGAAGAGGAUCGUAAAAGAGAAGCUGCAAUCGCAUCCACGCCUCUUCUGCAACCCAAUUUCAACCCUAAAGGCAUCACCCAACACCAGCUUUCAAAAUUUCGCGAACUUCACAAGAGGCGUUUGCAACUAAAGUCGAAAUCAAAGUUCAAAACGAAACCCAAAGAUGGGGUCAACAAAAAGUCACAAGGGGGUGAUUUAUCAAGCCAAAACAGUGGAAUUCAAAGUGUAGAAGUUGAUCACAAAGAAUCAACAAGCUUCUUGAAUGAUUGUGAAGGAUUUGAUUCUGGGAAUGAAGACUCAAAGGAUGGUGUGCCUGUGUUUUCUGCAUUAAAGAAGCAAAAAUUGCAUUGGGGGCUUGACGCCAAGGAGAGGUGGGAGAGGAAAUCCAACAUGUAGAUAUCACCAUGGAAUUGCAAUGAAGAAUCUAUAAAAUUUACUUAAGAUGAUUAUAAAAUGACAAUUGUUGGAGGCCAGAUAACCAUGGGGUGUUCGAGAUGGUGUUGCAGUUGCAAAUGUAGCACAUGCAUUGGGAACAUCAGCUUUCAUAUUUUUGGGCUUUAAAAAUUUGACAUGUACACCAUGUUUAUUAGUUUUCAUAUUUUGGGGCUUUAAAGUUGACGUGUAACACCAUGAUUAUCAGUAACAACACUGCUGUUAUUGUUUAUAGCAAUUAGCAAAUAAACUUGAUAUGUAAUGAGCUAAUGUUAUCUACAGUGAAUUCAUGAAACAAAUUUGAGCUUCAGAUAGAAAAUAAAAGCUAUGAAUUUCUUGUU